AUGUCUAACUCCACCAUCAACUUCUACGCCACGACGCAGUCCUUCAGCUUCUCUGACAUUAUCGUCAUAGUAACCUAUUUUCUUCUCAACCUCGCCGUCGGCAUCUGGUCAUCAUGCAGGGUGAGCAGAAAUACACUGAGUGGAUAUUUCCUGGCUGGGCGGGACAUGGCCUGGUGGCCGAUCGGAUCAUCUCUCUUUGCCAGUUCAGAGGGUUCGGGUCUGUUCAUCGGUCUGGCUGGAACCGGAGCUGCUGGAGGCAUCGCUGUCACCGGCUUUGAAUGGAACGCCACCUAUGUGUUGCUGGCUCUGGCCUGGAUAUUCGUGCCUGUCUACAUCUCCUCAGGGAUCGUGACGAUGCCCGAGUACCUGGGACGUCGAUUUGGAGGAGAGAGGAUCCGAACCUACCUGGCUGUUCUCUCCCUCAUGUUGUCCGUCUUCACAAAGAUAUCAACUGACCUGUACUCCGGAGCCUUGUUUGUUCAGGUGUGUCUGGGAUGGAACCUCUACCUGUCCACCAUCCUCAUGCUGGUGGUCACUGCUCUCUACACUAUUGCAGGUGGCCUCGCUGCUGUCAUCUACACAGACACUCUACAGACAUUCAUCAUGAUUGUGGGUGCAAUUAUCCUAACAAUUACUGCUUUCAACAAGAUCGGUGGCUACAGCAACCUGGAGCGAGUGUACAGCAUAGCGGUGCCCAGUAAGAUUAUUCCCAACAGCACCUGCCACCUGCCUCGGCAGGACGCCAUGCACCUGUUCAGAGACGCCGUCACUGGAGACCUGCCCUGGCCCGGCAUGACGCUGGGGCUCACCAUUCUGGCCACCUGGUACUGGUGCACCGACCAGGUUAUUGUGCAACGGUCCCUGUCCGCUAAGAACAUGAGUCAUGUGAAAGGAGCAUCCAUCCUGGCUGCCUAUCUGAAGAUGCUGCCCUUCAUCUUUAUCGUCCUUCCUGGUAUGAUCAGCAGAGCUCUUUAUCCAGACUCUGUCGGAUGUGUGGAUCCAGAGGAGUGUGUGCGUGUGUGUGGAGCUGAGGUGGGAUGCUCCAACAUCGCCUUCCCCAAACUGGUCAUUGAGCUCAUGCCAAGUGGCCUGCGUGGGCUCAUGAUAGCUGUGAUGAUGGCCGCUUUGAUGUCUUCGCUGACCUCCAUCUUCAACAGCAGCUCCACACUCUUCACCAUGGACAUCUGGAAGAAGCACCGACCACGAGCCUCGGAGAAGGAGCUGCUGCUGGUCGGCAGGAUUGUGACUGUGAUCUUGGUGGUGGUGAGCGUGGUGUGGAUCCCCAUCCUUCAGUCGGCCAACAGCGGGCAGCUGUAUGUUUACAUCCAAUCAGUGACGAGCUACCUCGCUCCACCCGUCACUGCUGUCUUCACUCUGGCCGUCUUCUGGAAGAGGACCAACGAGCAGGGUGCGUUCUGGGGCCUGAUGGUGGGUUUGGUGGUGGGGGUGUGUAGGAUGGUGCUGGAGUUUGCCUUCCCUCCCCCCAGAUGUGGCAUUGUGGACUCAGCUCCCAUGGUGCUACGUGGUGUCCACUACCUCCACUUCGCCAUUCUGCUCUGUGGACUCACUGCUAUCGUGGUUGCCGUUGUUUCACUGGUCACGCCACCGCCCACCCAUGAGCAGGUGUGUAACCUGACCUGGUGGACAAUAACUGAGGAGCCACAAAGAGAAAUUCCUCUACAGAAAGUGUCCUCUGUCAGCCACCGUAGCUCCCAGGGCUCUGAACUGACCCGGCGGGUGACGUGCGGUCGGGGGGCAGGACUGUGCAUCGCGGCGGUACGGCGGUCAGAGGAGGCUCCAACUCCCAGAAUUCCAAGUGUUCGAGAGAGUGUGUUCUGGUCCCGAUUCUGCUGCGUCAAUGCGAUCCUGCUGGUCAGCAUUAACAUUUUUCUGUAUGCAUACUUUGCCUGAGUGGAGGAUCAGAUUUAACAUCCUGCCUCGCCCUCCUGCUCAACUCUGGUCUCUCCAACAUGAACUGGAAACUCCGCCUGCCUGCAAAAACUGAUUUUUCCAGAUCCAACAAGGUGUGGAAACAAACACAUUUCUACUUAGAUUUCUGCUGAAUCCUGAAAGCAUCGUAUGUUUCACAAUGUAAAGCCUAUAGAUGUAGCUUUGGGUGCUUACAUCAUCCACAUUUAGAACUACAAAAUACCCACAGAGCACAUACCUCCACUCAGGCUGCACAACCCCCAAAUUCAUAACUGACAA